AUGGCCGCAGCCGAUCCGACAUACCCCCUCUACCCUAUUGCUUGCAUCCUGGCUGCAGCAAUGCUACUUCUCGUACUCUUGACCAGUUUCAUCCGCCAGACCUGGAACUUGGGCGUUGCUUUCUUAUGUUUCUGGCUGUUCUUUGAGAACUUGGCCGGUGGUGCCGACGCUAUCAUCUGGUCAGAUAAUGCCGAUAUCAAGCUGUACGUGUAUUGUGACAUUGUCUCGCAUUUAGGCAUAAUCACCUUUGUCGUCAAGCCUAUGGCCACCUUGAUUAUUACUCGCCGACUAUACCUGAUCACGAGCUUGCGAUCCGUAGAAUCCCCUACAAAAGCAGCGAGACGCAGAGAUCUCGCCAUAGAGUGGGCGCUCGGUUUGGGUAUUCCUCUUUUGGUUGCAGGACCUCUCUACUACGUAGUUCAGGAGCUUCGAUUUGAAAUCCUUGAGGGGUUUGGCUGCACCAACUCCUCCGACGCCUCGAUACUCGCCAUAUUGCUUAUUAACACCUGGAAUGUGUUACCUCCUCUGGUAUCCAUCACAGUCUACUACCCUCAUGUCGCUCGAACCUUCUAUCGCCACAGUCGGGAGAUUGACAACUUCCUACAGAGCAACAGCUCGGUAUCUCGAACAAACUACUUCCGCAUUCUUGCUCUUGCAAGCAUCGAUAUUCUUCUCACCUUACCCAUAGGCAUCGCGACGAUCGUGUUGACUGUGAAAGCUAUACUGUUAACUACUACCUCUUUCCCGUUCUACUCUGGUUGGACCUACGACCACACGGAAUGGCAGCCGGUGGCAUUUUCCUACGCAAACAUAGUGUCCGGAGGAACUUUCAGUGUAGCACAACUCUACUUCGCCCAAUGGACAUCGCCCAUCCUCGCAUUCGCCAUCUUCGGCCUCUUUGGCGUCACAUCGGAGGCUCGCGCUUCAUACUGGCGCGUCAUCUGCACCGUCUGCCUCUGGUUCGGCUGGAAGCCUACUCUUCGCACGCGCAGGGCGCGCUCCCCACUAGGAGAUAUCGGGUUCCGCGAGCGUCCUGCUCAGAACUCUAUGUCACUGGGUCUUGAGUCGAAUCCAAGCUAUGUCAACCACGGCGCCCGCGCGCAAGAUCAGGACGGUGGAGACGGCGUCGUGAACGAGGCAGAGAAUGGCUCGGAGAAGGAUGAGAUAGAGGAAGUACGCCGGAGUACUGCCGAGGAGACGUACGACGAGCGCCCGACGCAGGGUUCCGCGUCUUCCCAGGCUGGCUUCGGGGAUGCUUCGGUCAGGAUGUAG